AUGAAGAAAUUCCUUGCAAAGGUGCAGGACAAAUUCGACCAAGGCGCUGGUGGCGGCGCUCAGCCCAUUAACUCGCAGGUACCACCACCUACUUCGAUCGAGGCACCACCCGCUCGCCGUGACAUCUACCUUUAUCGCAAGCAGCGCGGCGUCAAUCUUGGCUCCUGGUUCUCUCUCGAGGGCUGGCUGACCCCUUCGCUCUUUCAAAAGGCCAAAGAGCCCAAGGGAAGUGAGCUCGAUGUCGUUGCAGGUAUGGACCCCGAUGAGGCAAAGUCCAUGCUCGAGAACCACUGGGACAACUUUAUCAACGACGGUGAUCUACAGUGGAUGACCGAUCACGGCAUCAAUACUGUUCGAAUUCCUGUCGGCUACUUCCAUUUCCUCGCCGGUCACCCCAACGAACAGGCAAGGGCCUUGCUCAAGGACACCGACUACGAAAAGUAUGCACAGAUCUACCAAGGAGCUCACGCUCGAAUUCAGCGUGCCAUAGAGUCCGCAGCUAGCCGAAACGUCGGUGUGCUUAUCGACCUUCAUGGAGCUCCCGGUGGGCAGGGCGCGGAUGGUCACUGUGGCGUCAGUCAUGGAAAAGCAGCACUUUGGAAUUCGAGCAGGGAUCAGCACAAGACCAUCGACAUUCUCAAAGCUAUGGCAGCCGACUAUUCUCGUUUCGACAAUGUCGUUGGCCUAGAGCUUCUCAACGAACCCAAGAACUCAGGUCGCCUGCAAUCAUUCUAUGACGAAGCUAUUGCUCAGAUUCGCUCCGUCUCGCCCCAAGCUGCCUCCCUUCCUCUCUAUCUCGGAGAUGCCUGGGAUACCAACCACUACACCGGCUACGUCGGCCAACGUGCCGCCAGCAACAACCCUCUCGUAGUUGACUAUCAUCUCUAUCGCUGCUUUACUCCCCAGGACCACAAGAUUCGCUGUGAAGACCAUGCUCGAAAGCUUCACCCGGGAACUUCGCCCAAGCCUACCAACACAGAUGGCUGUGGUGAGACAGCGAGAUGGCUGCAACACAUGUCGCAUCGUUGCGGCGGCUCACUCAUUAUCGGCGAAUGGAGUGCUGCGCUCAACCCUUCUUCGCUGCAUCAGCAGAAGCCGAGCGCCAAGGCAGAGUACGCCUUCAACCAGUGGAAGAGCUAUGACAAGUUUUGCGCCGGCUACUUUUUCUGGACCCUCAAGAAGGAGGGCCCGUCCGAUUCGGGCUGGGGCUUUUACUCGGCUGUGGAGCAAGGCGUCCUGCCACAACAUCUCGAUCCUCACCGUGGACAGCGCAGAUCCAUACACGAGCUCGAAGGUGCGCGACAAGGCGCUCAGGAAAAUGCGCUCAACAGCCACACAGCUUACUGGGAUCAACAGGGCGGCGGGCCAUACGAGCAUUGGCGUUUCGCCGAGGGCUUCAAUCUCGCCUGGUCCGACUCGCUCGAAUUCUUAAAAGAGGACGAGUCCAAUGAGAUUGGCUUCUUUGGUCAGUGGCAGAAGGCGAGGACAGCAGCAUACUCGCAGUCUAAAGGCCAGGGUAGCAGAUUCAUUUGGGAAUUCGAACAGGGUUUCAUCCAAGGAGUCUUAGCUUUCAAAUCUGCUCUGUACCGCUAG